AUGAAAAAUGACAGCCUUAUUACUGAGUUCGUCCUUCUGGGACUCUCCCAUGACCCUGAGAUCCAGGCUGUGCUCUUCGUGCUGUUCCUAGUGCUUUAUCUUCUGACACUGAUGGGGAACAUGGUGAUGAUCUUGGUGAUUACAGUUGACUCUCACCUCCAUACACCCAUGUAUUUCUUCCUUGGACACCUGUCCUUCCUAGACCUCAGCCUCUCUUCAGUUACUGUGCCCAAGAUGCUGCACAAUUUCCUCUCUUCAAGUAAGACCAUUUCAGUGUGGGGCUGCAUUAUUCAAAGUUUCUUUCUCAUGCUCUCUGGGGGAGCAGAAGCCUGCCUGCUCUCUGCCAUGGCCUAUGAUCGCUAUGCUGCCAUCUGCCACCCUCUCGUCUACACCAUCAUCAUGAACAGAACUCUCUGCAACAGUACUGUGAGCACAGCUUGGGCAGUAGGAUUUCUGCUUUCCUUGGUAAACUGUCUCUUCAUCCACAAGUUAUACUUCUGUAGUUCCAAUGUCAUCCCCCACUUCAGCUGUGAGCUGCCUCCACUCUUCCCUUUAUCCUGCACUGACCCCAUUGUCAAUGAGAUUCUUUUAGCUGUGUCUUGUGCAUUUUGGGGGUUACUGACACUUCCCCUAAUCCUCUUCUCUUACUCCAGAAUUAUUUCUGCCAUACUGAACAUCCGCUCCUCUGAAGGCCAAGGCAAAGCCUUUUCCACAUGCUCUUCUCACCUCACUGUUGUUCUCUUGUUCUAUGGGACAACGUUUUCCAGGUACCUGAGCCCCACAUCAGGCUCAGUGUUGGAGCAAGUAGUUUCCAUCCAGUACAGUGUGAUCACAUCCUUGUUAAACCCAUUCAUCUAUAGUCUGAAGAACCAGGAAGUAAAGACAGCGUUAGGAAGGACGCUUAGGCAACAGAAAUGUGCCUUCAGGUAA